AUGUCUACAGCCCAGCAGACCAACUCAAAGUCUGAUGGACCUGUUCACGUUCGAGCAGUUUGCAUUCCAAUGGGACCAACACUAACACUCGACUCUGUCAUAUUCGCUAUUGAAUGCGAAAUCUUUGAAACUCGUGCAUACAUGACCGAAUACAGUAAAUAUGACGAUCAUCCGCAGCCAUUUUAUGGUGCAUAUCGACCAAAAGCGGAGGAGGAUUAUAAGAAAUGGCGCCGACAAGAAAAGUGCCAAUAA